CCUUGUGCCCUUGGCCCCAUGGACCCCCUGAGACGGUCCCCCUCCCCCUGCACGUCGUGGCCCCCGAGCCCCAGGACCCCACCCUGCGAGAUGCUUGGUCAUGUUGGCAUCGAGGCCGUGCUGGAGCAGCUGAAGAUCAAGGCCAUGAAGAUGGGGUUCGAGUUCAACAUCAUGGUGGUGGGGCAGAGCGGGCUGGGCAAGUCCACCAUGGUGAACACGCUGUUCAAGUCCAAGAUGUGGAAGUCCACUCUGCCAGGCCUGGGGGUGCCCAUGCCCCAGACCCUGCAGCUGCAGUCAGUGACCCACAUCAUCGAAGAGAACGGCGUGAAGCUCAAGCUGACUGUGACCGACACGCCUGGCUUCGGGGACCAGAUCAACAAUGACAAGUGCUGGGACCCCAUCCUGGGCUACAUCAAUGGACAGUACGAGCGGUACCUGCAGGAGGAGAUCCUCAUCACCCGCCAGCGCCACAUCCCCGACACCCGCGUGCACUGCUGCGUGUAUUUCGUGCCACCCACCGGGCACUGCCUGCGGCCCCUGGACAUUGAGUUCCUGCAGCGGCUGUGCCGGACUGUGAAUGUGGUGCCAGUGAUCGCCCGGGCCGACAGCCUGACCAUUGAGGAGCGAGAGGCUUUCAGGCGCAGGAUCCAGCACGACCUGAGGGCUCACUGCAUCGAGGUGUACCCGCAGAAGUGCUUUGACGAGGACAUCAAUGACAGGAUCCUCAACAGCAAGAUCCGGGACCGGAUACCCUUCGCGGUGGUCGGGGCCGACCAAGAGCACCUGGUGAACGGGAGGUGUGUCCUGGGCCGGAAGACGAAGUGGGGCAUCAUUGAAGUGGAGAACAUGGCGCACUGUGAGUUUCCCCUCCUGAGAGACCUGCUCAUCCGCUCCCACCUCCAAGACCUGAAGGACAUCACCCACAACGUCCACUACGAGAACUACCGCGUCUUCAGGCUCAACCAGAGCCACGCGCUGCCCUGCGGGCCUGGCUGGGUGAACCUGGCCCCGGCCCCCACCGAUCUCACGGCCACCCCCGGGCCCUGGAAGGUCCGCUGGCAGGCCCACGACAGUUCUGACGAGGAGUGCUGA